CGAAAAUAAACAACAUCCCAUAUGACUUAAGCAGUCCAAUUAUAUUAUAUAUUCAAACACAUUAUUUGCCGAAAUGACUUUGUUACAAACAAUUCCUAGAUCAAGUUUAAUACGCCAUUGUCAGCGCGUUUUAGCUACAUACGUGGCUGGCAGCAAUAUAAGCGCGCUGCACAAGAUUCCUGCCUAUAUUCAACACCAACCGCAAACCGUACUGCACGAACCGCGUCAGCUUUGGGGUUACGUAGCGAUUGCGUUUAACAAAGUCGACAAUGAACGACUCUCCAAAGUGGGCCCAGACCGACUCUGCGCCGAAUGGAUACUGAAAAAUGGUGGUGGAGUGGGGUUGGUGGGUAUGCCAAACAGAGUCGUGAAGGACUAUAACAGCCUGCCACCGGAGUCGGUUAAAUUCAACGUUCAGAUAGUUGAUGCCACCAACGCAUCCAUUAUGAAGAUUGGUUUUGAUCAUUUUGCUGGUUGUCGGCACAUAGAUACUGUAGUGUUAAAUAACUGUAAGCAUCUUGAGGACGGAGGCCUUGAAGGUUUGGUACACUUGAAAAAUACCCUUAAAAAUUUACAAGUUUCUGGCUGUUAUAACCUGAGAGACAGUUGCCUCGACGUCAUAGGUGAAUUAAUUGCACUAGAACAGUUACGCUUGUUCGAUUUAAUAUAUGUGAAAGAUUUACAAGGCGUCGCCACCAAACUGCGAAAAUUAUUACCAAAUUGUAAAAUUGAAGUGAGGAGCUCUGAAUAAACAAAUGGUAUUUGAGAUUUUAGUUUAUGGUGCUUAUGUAUAUAUUAAAACAUCUCAAAAUAUUUAUACAAUAAAAGUGUAAGUCGUCGACAAAUUGCAAA